GAACCGACAUGGAAACUGGAAGCCGCCAACAAACAAUCGGAACCUUUUCCCUCUACUGAUCUCAAGGCUGCCACACUCCAAUCCGCAAGUCCUUCAGCUUUCUAUCGCCAUUCACUUUAUCACUCACCGCCAGUAUCAGAGUACAUCGUUUUCUAGUCAGAGACCGACGGCUACGACCGGCAACCCGCAUUGAUGACGGAUUAUUGAUGAUGCUAUGGACGCAGCCGAGAUCCCCAGACGUUAGAAGCUAAUAUUGACAUCAACGGCGGGGGAGGCUUAGUUUUUAAUACAUUCAGUUAUGGAGGUCUUGGACACGAUCAGGGAACUCCAAACGCUCCCCGAAAACAUCCAUUUGCUGUGUCCGCGAAAAGAACGAGAUGACUAUGGAAGAUACGAUGGCCCAGAAGAGAAGGACGUGUUCCAGCAGGCGAUGGAACGCAGGGAUAAAGCAUUGUCAUGUUUACCUAUAUUAGCGUUCAGUCAAGACGGCUUGGAAGAAUUGCAAGACUGGGUAUGGCGGAAAUUUGAUGAUACACUAGAAAACUGUGACUUCUGUAUUAGGAUGUAUCACCAGGGAAAGCUUUUCCUGGCUGACAGGCUGAAGGAGAAUUAUGACGACGAGGAUAUCGAGAAGCUGAUGCGAUUAAUGGAGGACUGGGACAUAAAACGAAUGAAGAAGAAUCUGAAGGCGGCGUUGGAUGAAUUAAAGGCGGUGCCACCAGAUCGUAUUGGGUUAGAUGCUCUGAAGACGGCAUCAUUGCUGGCCAUCUUCGAAUGCCUCAGUUCAGAGGCAAUGCAACGCGAUGUCGAUACGCUUAAGGAGUACUUCAAUGAACCUUUCAGGUUAAUCCAAACAAAACGCACCCUCAAAUUGACAGACUACGUGCCUGGCUUGACCAAUUUCCUCUUCGACCCUGACCCUAUCCGCAAUCACUGGGCACUUCAUGGAUGGUCCCGUUUCCGUCGUCCACCUACAUCUGCAGAAUUUGACUGGGCAGUGAAGAAUGGUCUCACUCGUGCUCUUUUCGCUUGCUCGCCUCAACAAGUUCCACCACCUGACGUUGCUAUGAUACAGCGGCUUUGGAUUGGCCUGCGCACCAUCACACUGAGACUUGACAAGGACCAGAUAACUCACAACCUUCGCGCUCUGGACAUGGAUCCAUGUCGAUUGUCGGUUGAGCAUCUGGUAAUACCAUCACCUGGUCUACGAUAUUUAUUGAACACUAUUCAAAUCUUGUUGGAAAAAGCUCCUGGUGACUUUUGGGACGCUAUGCAAACCAUAUCACCUCAGAUGAUUGCGGAACAAGUUUUCAACAACCCACAAUUCGAUACCUUUCUCCUUCAAGCCACAGAAACAGAGCUUUUCGCAAAAUCACCGUUACGUGACAUGCUAUCAUGGAUUAAUCCAUUCAUGUCCUCAUUGAAAGGCAUCAACCAAACCCCAGCCUGCAGAUACAUUGUUUCUCAAUUAUUUAGACGAUCCAAGGACCAAAGGUUCCCAAUGAUCUCUCGAUUUCAGUGUUUCCUGAUUGGAACUGAAGUCUUAAUGUGUACACUGUGCACAUUCACCAAUAACGAGUCCUCGAGAGGUUCCGUCGCACGUGUGGUUCUGUCAGAAACCUUGGAAAUCGUCAACGAACACAUUCAUACAGUUGUUAGCCCAGAAUCAUUCGGCUCUCCAGAGAGGGAUAGGGCGAUUAUCAACGGCUGCAUGGAUGUUGUUAGGAAUACUCUUGCCCUUGAGUGUCAGUCUCUCAAGACAGACUAUGAGGUAUUGCUCCAUCAUUCUACGCUCCAUCACGGAGUUAGUACAUAUUCCCCUGGCAUCUGGGAUGCUGUGAUCAACAAGCUCAGUGGAGAAAACCACGACCUAUCAACUGCAGCACUAAGAGGUAUUCUGGACCUCGUGGGUCUUGAGAAAUUUCCGACCAGGGGCGAGGACAGUAAAGAGAAAACCCAUUACAAUGUAGUAUACGGUCAUCUCACGCAUCUUUCAUGUCAGAUCAUAGAACGCUUGGCUGACUUCAAUCCCGAGCAUUUGGAUCUUUUGUUUGCAAGCCAGGAUACUAACUGUGCACUUAUAUCUGCCCUCUUCUCGGCUGAUCUAAAUACAUAUCAGGCGGCUGUGGACUUGAUUAAAAAUGUCAGCAGCCAGUCAGCUAGAAGAGAUGCUAUUUCGCAUCUUUUACAAUCAUUCUUUUCUACGGCUGUCUAUGGAUUUGGCUGGUCAUUCUUCCGGAUCAGCGCGUUGAAAACGUUCGGUUCUGCUCCUAGAAUGCUUCACACGGGAACCGAUAUCAUUGAUGUUCUCUGUGAUACGCAGACUGGUAUCCUUCGAACCAGAAAACUCGCGAACAGCAAGGAGUGUACCGAAAUCCAGACACUAUGGCAACGUCAAUGGUCGGCGCUGACAACCAUCUUCGACAUGACCGAAGCCUGGCAUAAUCGUGGUAAUGACAAACAAGUGAUGCUUGAAUUCUGUCGUGAUACUAUACAGUUUGCAGAUCUUCUAUUCGCCCAAUAUGGUGUUUUGGCAAGUGCAAUGGCAGGUGUUGAUGGGUCGAAAGAGGACUCGGUUAGGGAAGCUUUACUCCAGUUCCCGACGGAUACAAUGAAGGGCAUGGUCAAGUGGUUGAGACUUAAAGACGAAUAUCUCGCAACGACUUUGGUCGGUCUAGUUUCUAAGAUCCUUCGGCGCUUAGGGGAGUUGAACAUCACAAGCGUCGACAAAAAUGCCCUGCAAAUGGUCGAAAAUGUAGCCAUUACUGGGAGUGUGAAAACCAUACUGACUGCUCGCGAAAAGGCUGAGCUUGUCAGAGCAUUGGAAGCAUAUUACAAGAAACCAGUGGUUACUGCAUCAACGGCUUCGCUAAAGAAACAGAUCUCUAUUACUGCAUUUGCCAGGCAGGCCGAUUCCUCUGGUACAUCAACCCCUAAUCGGGCUACGAGUGAAGAGGACUAUGAAGAUGGAACGGUUCCUGAUGAGAUGCUGAUGCAACUAUCACGGUCAGUUGAGCUGAACAAAGCCCGGAUUGCGGCCCAGCCGCAGAAGAAGCUCGUCUCAUCUACUACGAGAUCGCCGCUGGUUAUUCCUAAGCUACCAGGCCGUCCACCAGUUAUGGUAGAAACUUUCCGUGAAAAACGUGAAAGAGAGAAGGAGGCCAAGAAAAAACGAGAUCAGGCUGAGCUUGCUCGUUUGAAAAAGCACCUUCCUGCGCCUGGCGUGGCAGAGCAGACGGCCGGACAAGGUUCAGGGGUGCAAGGCGGAGUAAGGGGUAAAGACCACACUCCUGUGGAUAGUAUGAUGGUCGAUUCAGAAUCAGAGUCAGAGGACGAUAGUGAUGAUGAAGUUGAUGCAGAGCUUUUCGGGAAGAAAUCUGCUUCGACUCCAGCUGCCGUGAGAGAAUAUGAAGAGAGCAGGAAAAAAUCACUUAAACAGCAAGGUCCUGUCAAGAAGACCAGACAGUUGCGUUCAGCAAGAGAUAUGCGGGCUCGAUUGUCACCCGAUCUUUCAUCUCUGCAUCACACUUUGCUCGGUUGGGACUUUUUUGCUAGUGGUGAUUUACCCACCAAUUCUGAUCGGACGGAUUAUUCUCUUGUUUCGUCAUCUUUCAGAGACCCUAUUGAAUACCAACGCACCUUCGAACCAUUAUUAGUACUAGAAGCGUGGCAAGGAUUCCAAUCCGAUAAGGAAGAAGCAAACUUCAAGCCGUUCGAGAUAACUGUGGCGACUCGACUAUCGGUUGAUUCUUUUAUGGAAGUCAGCACCGUUUUGAAGAGCGCAGCCGAUCUCAAAGAUUUUGGUCUUGGUGAGGCAGACAUCGUACUACUAUCUAAGUCUAGAGAUCCAGUAAACGAUAGGUCGGCCCCUCAUUGCUUGGCUAGAAUAUCUAGCAUCAGUAGGAAGAAAGGCACCGUCGAAGUGUCAUAUCGAGUCAACCCCGGAAGCACGAUCGUUCCUUCACUUGCACCGGGUGUUUCGCUUUGGGCCGCACGUAUCACAUCGAUGACUCCUUUGGAGCGUGAAUACGGUGCCUUGAUGGCAUUACAGUACUACGAUCUUUGUGAGGAAAUCAUCAAAGCUAAACCAUCACCGCUAUUAAAGUAUUCAGACGCAACACUGGAGCCUAUUGUAGAUAACUAUAGCGUGAACUUGGCACAAGCCAAAGCUAUAAAGUCUGCACUUGAUAAUGACGCAUUUACAUUGAUUCAAGGACCACCAGGUUCGGGAAAAACAAAGACUAUUGUUGCUCUUGUUGGAGCUCUGUUGAGCAAUUCACUUGGCAACCGCGGCGUCUCAAUAACGCGACCGAAUGAGAGUAAACCGUCAAACCAACCUUCUAGGACCACAGCUGCAAAGAAACUUCUAGUGUGUGCGCCUAGUAAUGCGGCUGUUGAUGAACUAGUCAUGCGAUUUAAAGCAGGUGUAAAGACACUGCAGGGACGAUCAGAAAACCUUUCGGUUGUACGUCUGGGUCGCAGUGAUGCUAUCAACGCAAACGUAUUAGACGUCACUCUUGAUGAAUUGGUUAACGCACGCCUGAAUCAAUCAAUGCAGCAGAGCUCUGGGGAACGAGAUAUGCAGAAGAUAUAUGAAGAACACAAGACCACUGAUACCCAAUUCAAAGAGAUACGUGCCAAACUCGAUCAGUAUCGAGCGAAAGGACAGAACCCUCCGGAAGACCUGACGCAUGAAUUCGAAGUGCUGAAGAAGAAACGCACACAGCUAAGCCAAAAUAUUGAUAACGCGCGAGAUCACAACAAUGCUAUUGCUCGUAAUAACGACCUCACACGGCGGCGUAUACAGCAGGAAAUCAUAGACAGUGCUCAUGUCAUCUGCGCAACCCUUAGCGGCAGCGGUCAUGAUAUGUUCCAGCAUUUGAGUAUCGACUUUGAAACUGUUAUCAUUGACGAGGCGGCGCAAUCUAUUGAAUUGAGCGCUCUUAUCCCGUUGAAGUAUGGCUGUGCCAAGUGCAUUCUAGUUGGUGACCCUAAGCAGCUUCCGCCGACAGUUCUGUCAAAAGAAGCAUCUCGUUUUCAGUAUGAACAAAGUUUGUUUGUCCGAAUGCAAUCUAAUCACCCUAACGAUGUUCAUCUUUUGGAUGUCCAAUAUCGUAUGCACCCAGAAAUCAGUCGCUUUCCUAGCCUCACGUUCUACGAGGGACUUUUGCAAGAUGGCCCAAAUAUGGCUGCACUUCGUACUCGACCGUGGCAUAACAGUACAUUACUCAGCCCGUAUAGGUUUUUUGACGUUCAGGGGCUGCACUCAAACACCGCAAAGGGCCAUUCUCUUAUCAACAUUGCUGAGUUAAAUGUAGCAAUGCGGCUCUACGAGCGCUUGGUGACUGAUUUCAAGUCUUACGAUUUCUCGAGAAAGAUCGGCAUUAUUACACCAUACAAAGGCCAACUACGAGAAAUGAAGUCUAGAUUUGCUGCAAAGUAUGGCAAUUCGAUAUUAGCGACUGUCGAGUUCAAUACAACCGACGCCUUCCAAGGUAGGGAAAGUGAAGUUAUCAUUUUCUCUUGCGUUCGGGCAUCAAACAAGGGUAUCGGUUUCUUGUCUGACAUUCGUCGAAUGAACGUCGGGUUAACUCGUGCGAAAUCAUCACUUUGGGUUCUAGGAAACUCUCAGUCUUUAGCUAAAGGUGAAUAUUGGAACAAACUUAUCACUGACGCCAGAAAGCGAAACAUCUACACUGAUGGUGACGUACUGUCUAUGUUACAGCGCCCUCAGUUCACUGGAUAUCGGAAUGUGGAGAUGACCGAUGUUGACCAGGACGAGUCCCACUCAUCAGCAGUACAAACGCCUACUGAAACCACCCGUUCAUCUAAUGAGAUGGAAUCAGUGUCGGCACGUAACACCCCUGGCCCUGUUAUCACUGGCCCCUCGGGAGGACAUAAUGGGCUUGAUGAAACUAAAGCGUGCGGGUAUUGUGGAAGCACUGAUCACUUUACCAGAAACUGUGAUAAUGUAGAUGCACUAGAAAGCGCCGCGGGCAUCUGUUUCCGUUGCAAGGAGCCUGGCCAUACUAAGAUGAAAUGCUCUGCCCCCCGAUGCCUGAUGUGUGGCGCGGUUGGCCAUGAACCAGAAAGAUGCGAGUCAACUAAGGUGCUUUCGCAGAAGGAGAAGAACAAGAUUGCCAACGAAGAGCAUCGUCACAAACAUGCCCAGCAGGCUAAACGUGAGGAAAUCAGACAAAAGAUUAUGAAAAGCCACGACCCGAAAGUGCCAGUCGUCAAAGUUUCGACAAAAUCGCCUCCAACUUCUCCGAAGCCUCAACCGGCUGUGGUAAAGAGAAAGUUACCACCCAGUGGACCGUUUGCGAAGAACACUAAGCGCAAAACGGACGUAGAAACUCCUCAAGAAGUUCCUAGUAACUUGGUGAAGCCAUCACGAGACGGACCUUCGUAUAAUAGCCUUUCCCAAGCAUCCAAAACCGGCAUGGCCUCUAGAGUACCUCCCCCAGAAAGCAAUAAGGGACCACAACCACCACGAGGGCCUAUGGGCGGGAGACCUGGACCCCGUCCCUCAAACCAGGCACGAAAGAAAAAGGAGGCCGAUCCCUUCAUUCGGCCUAAGAGAAGAUGAAAUUAUUGUAUUGCAUUGGUUUAUCUAUUAUGGAGGAGCGAAUUACAUAGAAUAGUCGGGUGCACUUUCCAUGCAUUUUAUACCUUUUCAUGGAGAGGCGUGACUUCUUCCCUGUAUCUGAUUUCCUUGUUGACCAUAAGGAUCUCCACGGACAUCUUUGCAUUUCGAACGGCGUUGUUGCAUUAAUACUAGCAUAUUGAUGAGGUGCGAGGGGAUUUGCCAUGCAGCGAGG